AUGGAAGGCUUGGAGCACGCUAUCACUAAUUGGGAAGAUGCGCUGUCUGUAGGGAUACCCCAGCUCGGAACUGGAACAUUUGCCCUGCCACUCAUAUUUGCAUUUUUCAACUGUGUGUUGUAUACUGGGAAUUUCCCCUUUCAGGCUGUUGGUGAAAGCGAGUUUACGCAUCAGCUGGAACGGUUCAUUGAGAAGGCCCUAGAACUGCAGGAUGAGUGUGAGAUGAUGUUCAAUGAUCACCGAACUGUUCUUCCAUCGGGGGAUGAUCUCGGAACGAUUCAUGAGAUGAGCAAGGUCAUGCUGAUAGGAGAGAGAGAAGUGAUCGGGGAGUCUGGGGAAGAGACCUCAACAUCUGACUUUGAGGAUUUCGUUUCAGCAACCGAAGAGAUUGCAAACAUUGAGGAGCUCCUUGCUGAUCUCCCCGAAACCUGGCGCCUGUAUCAGUCUGGACUUAAACAAGUGCAGUAUGGAUACGUGCCAUGUAGAACACUUAGAACAGAGAUGUUGAGGUGCUCGUCGGAUGCAGAUUUUCUCGCGAAGCUUGUUUGCGUGCGGAAGGCGUUUGCCUAUAUUCUCACCGACGCAAGAAUGCGCUGUUGGUUUGCUGACACCGGACGCGAGAUCAUCACCAAUCUACUUGCACACGGCGAUAAGGUAACAGCCCACCCCUGA